AUGGAAGACAAUUUGGACGGCGUCGGAGGAAUGUCUGACAAUUAUGCGGAUGAUGACUUGUACGCUGUUGAUUCCGGCGAAUCGAUAGGUUGGAUUGAAUUUUUGAACUUGAGCGAGGAGGAUGUUCUCUGCUUUAAUUUCGCAGAUGUUGACAUUGCAUUUGAGUUCUACCAGCAAUAUGCAAAGCACCAUGGCUUCGGCGCGAGACGUUCCAGAAGCGAAAAACGUGGCGAAGUAAGGAUACAGCAGGAGUUCGUGUGCCACCAACAAGGGUACCGAUCCCCAAAAUUCUACUCGAUGCCUAACCAGCAAAAGAGGCCGAGGGCCGAGACAUGGUGUGGAUGCCCUGCAAGGAUGCUACUCCGCAUGGACGAUGAAUCAGGACGUUGGCACGUUGCGUACUUUUCAGACAUGCAUAACCACCACGUUCUUGAGUUGUGA